UUUUUUUUUUUUUUUUAAUCCUGAGUUUACUGAUUCGAGUAAAUAUGGCCUUUGUCGCCACCAUUUUACUUGAUUUUUCGAGUUUUGGAUGUAUUCGUUGUUUUCUUCUUCUUCUUCUCUUGUCCAUUUUAACAAGUGUUCAAAGUUCAUCGAAACCAUCAGACUUUUUUUCUUCAUCUACUCAAUUGCGAUGGUCGGUACUAAGGAAGAAGAAGAAGAAGAAGAUGGAUCGUAAGAGUUGGCCAUGGAAAAAGAAAUCCUCUGAGAAAGCAGCUACUGUUACUGAGGUUCUUGAUCAGGAAAAUGGGAAGAAGCCAAACUACAUCCAGAUCUCAUUUGAUCAAUACUCAAAUCUGAAUGGUUUGAAAGAUGAAGUUAAAAACUAUGAGGAAAAAGUUACAAAGCUUGAAGAUCAGAUCAAGGAUUUGGAUUUGAAGCUAUCUACAGCUAAUGCAGAUAUUACAGCUAAGGAGGUUUUAGUGAAACAACACUCCAAAGUUGCUGAAGAAGCUGUCACAGGCUGGGAAAAAGCUGAAGCAGAAGCUUCUGCUUUGAAAACUCAUCUCGAGACAGUUACACUCGCGAAGCUCACUGUGGAAGAUCGAGCAGCGCAUUUAGAUGGAGCGUUAAAGGAGUGUAUGAGGCAGAUAAGGAGUUUAAAAGAAGAGAAUGAACAGAAGCUGCAUGAUGUUAUCUCUACUAAAACCAACCAAAUGGACAAUCUUAGAGCUGAGUUUGAGUCUAGGAUUGGUGAAUACGAGCAAGAACUGCUUCGUUGUGGUGCUGAGAAUGAUGCUCUCUCGAGAUCAUUGCAAGAGCGUUCAAACAUGCUUAUGAGGAUAAGUGAAGAGAAAUCCCAAGCAGAGUCAGAGAUUGAGCAUCUUAAGAACAAUAUAGAGUCUUGUGAAAGGGAGAUAAACACUCUCAAGUAUGAGAAUCAUGUGAUUACCAAAGAGUUGGAGAUACGAAACGAGGAAAAGAAUAUGAGCAUGAGGUCUGCAGAAGCAGCAAACAAGCAGCAUUUGGAAGGUGUCAAGAAAAUUGCAAAGUUGGAAGCUGAGUGUCAAAGAUUACGUACUCUGGUGAGAAAGAAACUUCCGGGUCCUGCAGCACUUGCACAAAUGAAAAUGGAGGUUGAGAGUUUAGGCAGAGACUAUGGACAACAAGAUCAUCGACAAAGAAGGUCACCGGCCAGACCUUCUAGUCCUCUCAUGUCUCCAAUGUCACACAUGUCUCAGGUUUCCGAAUUCUCUCUUGACAAUAUGCAAAAGUUCCAUAAAGAAAACGAUUUGCUGACAGAGCGGUUACUUGCUAUGGAAGAAGAGACAAAGAUGCUGAAAGAAGCUUUGGCAAAGCGUAACAGCGAGCUCCAAGUGUCGAGGAACCUCUGUGCUAAGACAUCAAACAGGCUUCAAGCCUUGGAAGCUCAAAUGAUGAGUAAAAGUCCAACCAAGCGCGGUUUUGAAAUGCCUGCUGAGAUCUUCUCUCGUCAAAAUGCUAGUAACCCUCCUAGUAUGGCUUCAAUGUCUGAGGAUGGGAACGAAGAUGGUAGAAGCAUUGCUGGCUCUUUGAUGUCUGAAUUCUCUCAAUCCAACAAAAACAAUGGGAAGAUUAAGAAGACCGAGAGUGCUAACCAGUUGGAGCUUAUGGAUGAUUUUCUUGAAAUGGAAAAGCUAGCUUGUCUACCAAAUGGCUCAAACGCAAAUGGUUCAACGGAUCACUCAAGUGCUGACUCUGAUGCUGAGAUUCAACCAGCUACACAACUGAAGAAAAGAAUCUCCAAUGUGCUUCAGUCUCUCCCCAAAGAUGCUGCAUUUGAGAAGAUUUUGGCAGAGAUACGAUGUGCAGUUGAAGAUGCAGGUGUUAAGCUACCUUCUAAAUGUAAUGGACCUAAUGUAAACGGUCUUACAGAAGAAAAGGAGAUAGCUAUCUCAAAUGAGACCACAGAGGAAAAAGUUAGCGUCUCAGAGGUAAUAAUAACUCAAGAACUGGCUGAUGCUCUUUCUCAGAUACUCCAGUUUGUUACCUAUCUUUCAAAGGAAGCAACGGCGUGUUCUGAAUUUGCUUAA